AUGGGAAUUGGCUCUGCUCCUUCAGUCAUUUCGCUCGCUGCUCCUCCUGCUCCUGCUCCUGCUCCUGCUCCUGCUCCCCCUCCUGCUCCUUCUCCUGCUUCCAGUGCUCUUUCUCUCACCCCAUCUUUUCCUCCUAAUCACCCCGACGAGGCUCGGCAGCUAGAGCAGGUUCGUCAAGUCCUGGACCUCCUGCCUCGAAACGUGCCUCUCGCCCGAACCUACCUCGACCUCUUGUUCGGUAACAACCUCCCGAACGUGCUCCAAGCCACGGCUGCUGCAGCGGCGGCAGCUUCGGAAGCUGCUUCAAAGCCAAAGCCGAAGCAGAAAGGCAGCAGCAGGGGGGCGGGAUCGGGGCAUCCUGGCUGGGAGGCGGAAUGGACGGUUCUGAUCGACGUUGUGGAUGUGAUCAUGGCGAAUCGGACGGCUGCGUGCGCGCUGGCUCGUGUGGGUGUGGCUAUCCACCCUCUGUCGAAGCAACUGCAGGAAAGAGAGGCCAAGCUCAACCCAAAAGCGACACAGAAGAAGGAGAAAGCCCAAGCCCAUCCCACCAACCGUUUUGCGUGA